AUGUCGUCUGGAACGGUUACCUUUACAGCGCCCCUGUCCCAAGGAUUUGGCUACGGUAUUAUCCUGGGAUUGGGAUUCGCCUUUGCGCUAUUGAUGAUCUUUAUUACCUGGGCCCUGAAGAGAUACCAGAAUGAAGUCCAGACCUCCGAAAUGUUCUCAACGGCGGGACGAUCCGUCAAGUCCGGUCUUGUCGCUGCCGCAGUGGUUAGUAGUUGGACGUGGGCAGCAACACUGCUCCAGUCGUCAGCCGUGGCAUACAAAUACGGCAUCUCGGGACCCUUCUUCUAUGCAUCGGGCGCAACGGUCCAGAUCUUGCUCUUCGCAACCCUAGCCAUUGAACUCAAGCGUCGCGCACCAAAUGCCCACACCUUCCUCGAAGUUAUCCACGCCCGCUACGGCACCGCCGUGCACGUUGUCUUCAUUGUCUUCUGUCUCAUGACCAACAUCCUCGUCACGGCCAUGCUGCUCACGGGCGGUUCAGCCGUUAUGACUUCCCUUACUGGCGUGCCUACCCCAGCAGCCUGUUUCCUUUUUCCCAUCGGCGUGGUCCUGUAUACUCUCUUUGGAGGUAUCAAGGCGACGUUCAUCACGGAUUAUUUGCAUACCGUGGUUAUCUUGGUGGUUAUCUUCCUGUUUGCCUUUUCGGCAUACGCUACCAAUGCGCAGCUGGGUUCGCCGGGCAAGAUGUAUGAUGCUCUGGUUCUGGCUGCGAAGGCUCAUCCUGUUGAGGGUAAUGCCGAGGGCAGUUACUUGACUAUGCGGUCUAAGGAGGGUGGUAUCUUCUGGAUUAUCAACCUGAUUGGCAACUUUGGAACUGUCUUCCUUGACAACGGUUACUACAACAAAGCUAUCGCCGCAAGCCCUGUCCACGCUUUCCCCGGCUACGUUAUCGGCGGACUUUGCUGGUUCGCCAUUCCCUGGCUCUGCGCCAGCACAUUGGGCAUCUCAGCUCUGGCCCUCGAAGGCUCACAGCGGCUCAGCAGCGACGAUGUGACAGCCGGACUUGUCCUCCCCUUUGCAGCAGUCAAGCUACUGGGCUAUAGCGGGGCAGUUGCGACAACACUCAUGAUAUUCAUGGCUGUUACCUCUGCCUUCUCGGCCCAGUUGAUCGCCGUCUCAUCUAUCUGGACCUACGACAUUUACCAGGCCUACAUCGACCCCUCUGCCAAGGGCAAGAAGCUCGUUUGGAUCUCUCACAUGUCCUGCAUCAUUUACUCCAUCAUCAUGGCCGGCUUUGCCACAGGCCUUUACUACGCCGGUAUCGGAAUGGGAUACCUGUACCUCCUGAUGGGAGUCAUCAUCUCAUCCGCCGUCUUCCCCGGCGCCAUGACCCUACUGUGGAAGGGCCAGAACUGGAUCGCAGCAGGCGCGUCACCACCGCUCGGCUUGGCCGUCUCUCUCAUCGCCUGGCUGGUGACCGCAAAGAAGGAAUCUGGAGUCCUGAACGUGACCACCACCGGAGCCAACUACCCCAUGUUAGCCGGCAACGUGGCCGCCCUCCUCAGCCCGCUCGUCUUCGUCCCGUUCUUCACCUACGUCUUCGGGCCCCAGAACUACGACUACAAAUCAAUGCGCGCAAUCCGCCUAGUCGACGACACCGAUGUCGCGGCGGCCGCCCACGUCGACCUGGAGCUCGUCCCCGGCGAAACAGAUCCAUCAGAGGACCAAUCCGAUGAAGAAACUCGCAAACUGAACAAAGCCGCGUUUUACUCUCGCACCUUGACGGUCUUCAUGGCCUUCUCGUUGCUGAUCCUCUGGCCGAUUCCGAUGUACGGUACUUCGUAUGUCUUCAGUAAGAAGUUCUUUACUGGCUGGGUUGUUGUUGGGAUUCUGUGGUUGUUCUUUACACUUUUCGGUGUUGUUAUUUUCCCGCUUUAUGAAGGUCGUGAGAGUAUUGUUCGUGUUGUGCGGAUGAUGAGUCUUGAUCUUAUGGGGAGGAAGCCUAUGGUUCAUGAGGGUCGGAAGACUGAUGAUUCGCACACUUCGGGUGUUGCGACGCCGGCUGAGCAGGUCGAGGAGAAGGGGAAGGAGAUGCUGAAUACUUCCUCUUGA